AAAAGAUAUCCCAAAGAAAGCCUUUCAAAAUCUUGAAUCUAUACCUUCUUGUUUGAAGCAAUUUGUCAGAGAAACAAACAACCAUGGCGAGCUGUAGCAUGGCUUUAGCUGCAUCAGGGGGGUUGGUGACACCUAACGCCGGUACCUCCGCCGCCGCCCAGAAGACUUGCAUGUUGACGUUCGCUUCCAGGAACGCCGCCGCCACCCUCCACAGGCGACUUGUUGUAAGAGCCUCCGAAGAGGCAGCACCAUCGGCUGCAGCCACAGUAACGGCUGCCGAAGCUCCAGCUGCUAAGCCUGCCAAGAAACCUCCGAUUGGACCCAAGAGAGGAGCUAAGGUGAGAAUACUAAGGAAGGAAUCUUACUGGUACAAGGGCAUUGGAUCAGUUGUUGCAGUAGAUCAGGAUCCUAAAACUCGGUACCCGGUGGUCGUGCGGUUUAACAAGGUGAAUUAUGCGAAUGUAUCAACGAACAACUAUGCAUUGGAUGAAAUCGAAGAAGUCGUAUGAGCACUCUUGAUUUGUUGUAGUACUUUGCCUUCGUGUAAUUAUUAUUAUUAUUACGGAAUAUAUAUACUCUCACGUUUAAUUCUUAGUUCUACUCUAAAUGGUGUAUCUUACUUUUCAGGGAUGGCUUCCCUCUCUUUUUCCCAUAUACUAUACUCACUCCCUUUGACCUAUCUGCUCAACAUUCUGGUUUAGACUUAAUUAGAAUGGGCCAACAAUCAACUUCAUUUAUAAAUAAAUUACAAAUGGGGAAGAUGAAAUAGUAACUGCCA